AUGUCGAGCAAUCGCAACUAUGAUUUUCUGAUCAAGCUACUCCUCAUUGGCGACUCGGGCGUCGGCAAGUCAUGCUGUCUGCUACGGUUCAGCGAGGACUCGUUCACGCCAUCCUUCAUCACCACCAUCGGCAUCGACUUCAAGAUCAGGACUAUUGAGCUCGACGGGAAGCGCGUCAAGCUGCAGAUAUGGGACACGGCUGGCCAAGAGCGCUUCCGCACCAUCACCACCGCCUACUACCGUGGUGCUAUGGGUAUAUUGCUAGUGUAUGACGUUACCGACGAGAGGUCUUUCAACAACAUCCGCACGUGGUUCGCCAACGUCGAGCAGCACGCCACCGAGGGCGUCAACAAGAUCCUCAUCGGAAACAAGUGCGACUGGGAGGACAAGCGCGUCGUCAGCACCGAGCAGGGUCAGGCCCUGGCCGACGAACUGGGCAUCCCCUUCCUCGAGGUCUCAGCCAAGAGCAACAUCAACAUCGACAAGGCAUUCUACAGCCUGGCCGCCGACAUCAAGAAGCGCCUCGUCGACUCUUCCAAGAAUGAACCCGUCUCGGGAUCCGGCGUCAAUGUCGGAGACAAGUCGAGCGGAGCAGGCGGCAAGUGCUGCUAA